ACGAGCUAUAUUUGCAUUCUUCUACUUUGUGAUAUUCGUAGUGUUUUUAGAUUGUACAAAAUCAUGUAUAAAAUAUCGUAGUGCUCAUUUCCAUACGACGUUAGUUGGUUUUCUCGUACUUUAUCGUAAUUUGUCACUUUCAAUAUUCAAUGUUUGUCACAUAAUGAUGAUAUUAAAUGUAUAAAACAUGAAUUAGAAAUGUCAAAGUACGCGUCAUUGAGUUCGUUAACACGGAUUUUUAGGCGGUCUAAGAUAUAUACCUAUUAAUCGGAGCAGAAAGAAAGCGAUAUUUCGGUGAUAUCUUCUUACGCUUAAUUAUAUAUAUAUUAUAUCUCAUUGAUAUUGAAAAAUCCAAAAUAACAACGAACUUAUUAUUCUGUCACACAUUUCGCAAGUAACUUGUGUAUUAAUAGUUUAAAAAUGCAAAAUAACCUUCAACGAAUUUUAUAAUAAUUUACAUCUUUAAAUAUUGUUCGAUCACAUCAUGUAGUAAUGUAAAAAAGUAUAGGUUUUAUAUCAGAUUUAAACAAAAUAAUUAUUAACUUGAAUUCAUGUUCAAUUUAGUUGAAAAGGUGAUCAAUUUACUAUAAUUAAAUAUAGUAAUUUUCUUUCAUACGUAAAAUAGGUAUGUUUAAAGAGCUGUUUUAGCACAAACGUCAACAUGGUGCGUGUAAUCACAGUACAUAAUUUUCUGGGGCAAAAUAUCACUCAAAUUGAGGAGCCAACUGCAAGUUGUAUAGCAAAUGCAUCUGGACAUGAAAUGCUACUCCUAGCAUUGUCAACUCAUUGUGUCGAAGUUUGGGAAUUGAUGAUGUCUGAUAUUAAACUACAUACUGUUUUUCCAACAGUUGAUAUGAUUAAUCAAAUGGUGCACUGCACCAAAGAAGAUUAUGUUGUAACGUUAGAAUCAAAAUUAUCUAGAGAUGCAAGCAUUAAUAAUCAUACAGGGAAAACAAUUAAUAAUUUUGUUAGAAUUUAUGUUAACUGGGCUAUGGUGAAAGAUCAAAGUCAACCUAUGCGUGCUAGAAUAGCUGGGCGUGUUACUCCAAGUUUAAAUCGACCAUUGAAUAGCUUAGAAAUGAUAGAGUUGCCAUUAAAUGUGCAACCUACACUCAUUGCUUGCUGUCAAAGUACUGGCAACCUCCUAGUGGCUUCCGGAAAUAGUGCUAUUUUACAUGAAUUUAAAAUUGAAACACAGCAAGUAUCAAAGAUGAAGUUUAUAGAUUUUGAGGCUCGACCAUGGUCCUUAGGCUUUUCAUUUUCUCCUACACACAUGGAAAUUGUUGAAGACUUCAUAUCAAUUAUGGAUAAAACAAAUUUAUGUGUUUUUCGAUUGACUAAUUCAAUGUAUGAAGAUAUUGAUCAAUUGAGUUCUCUAACUUCCACAAACUCUUCAUCUAUUGAUAAAACAUCUAUAUCCACUGAUUCCUCCCUUGUGGAAAACAGUAAUAAUAUGACUAAUCAAGAUGAUAACACAAUAUUGCAAGGAAUGAAUUCAAAAUGUAAAAGUUCUAGUCAAGAUCUGCACUUUAUUGUAUCAGAAAACAAUGAUUCUAGUGGAAUAAGUACAAAAUUUAAAGGUAGGAGACAUAGAAGUUCCAAAACAAGUAUAUGGAGUAAAUUGGAGACAGGAGAUUUCAGAAAAAUAAAAUCUAAUAAUAACGAUACUGUUAUAAAUUUGGAUCAUUUAGUGUAUAAUGAAAAGGAUGAAUUACAAAGAUUAAUUGACCAAGAAGUUGUAGAUGGAAAUUCACAACCCUUGACUAUAAAUUUACCAUCUAUAAGUUUGGAAAGAGCAGGACCUGGGCAUACAUUAAGUCCUUUCGUAUUAAACCCAUCAGAAAUAAGGAUUAUAAUUAAAACGAAUUCUCCUGAUUUAGGAUGGUCAGAAAAUUAUACAAUAAAAAAUUUGUUGUCUCUUAAAGUAAUAGCAGCUAAUAAUAAACUUGAUGGAAGUUCUGAACUGUUCAGCUGCUCUUUAUUGAAGCCAUUAUACAUGAGGAAGGAGUGUAAUACUUCUUGUUUAAAAAAAUCAAUCCUCAGAUCAGAUAAAUAUACAUAUUUGCAGGGCGUAAGCUGCUUCUUAUGCACACUGCAAGAAGGAUAUCUUUAUCAUUUUUCUGCCACUAGUUCAAAUCCUACAGAUGCAACUUGUUUAACUACUUAUCCAUUUACUGCACCUGUUAAUCACGUAGCUUUGGAGCAUACUGCUUUGCAUGCAUUGACUGAAGCUGGUCUUGAAUCUUACACGCUACGUUUAUCUCAUCAUGUUGCUAGAAUGUCUAAUGAUAUAGAAAAUGUAAGAGUUACAUGCCCUACUGUCUCUGAGCCUGUUUGUUUAAUAGGAUUAAGGCCAUUUCUGGGGAUACAGAAAUUAUUACAUAGUAAAAAUUAUCUAAUUCUCUUAGCCAAAGCAGAAAACUCUUGGACUUUGUAUUCUUUAAUUUUACCUAAAUUGGAAAAUUUGUAUUACGAUGUUUUAAACGCAGCGAGGAGUCAUAAAUCUUCUAGUCCUAGCACAUACCGACAUUUGUUAGGAGAGGCUCAUGCUUUGAUACGUUUAGCUAAAGAUGCUGUGUAUAAUUGCUCAGACAUUAAUGAGUUUGAUGAUAUCGCAAAUAAAAAUGGAUUGAAAUUGAAGAACUUGUAUAAUCAAUCAUGUGCGCUGCUUGGAGACUAUUAUAUUCGUUCCGAAUAUGACUCAGAUUGGGAUUUCUGUAUACCCUAUUAUAAAAUGUCGGGUUUAAAACCUUCAGAAGUAUUAUCUAGGAAAUCAAGUCAAGAUGCACCGGGUCUCGUUACUUUUUUAACUGAUAUACUUUUCACGAUGAAAAGUGGUUCUGAAGCAGAUGCCUUGUUCCAAGGAUUUAAUAUUGUAGAAAUAAUAUGUAAAUUAAAGAAACCAGACUUAUUGAAAUUGAUCUUCAGUAGUCCCGUAUUACGAGAAUAUACUACAGAAAAACUAAUACAUCUUUUGUUAUUAUAUGAAACGGACGAAUUAGUCAAGUUAGCUUUGGCACUCUUAUACAUACAAGCUGAAAAACAAGAACAAGCAGAGAAAGUACUUGAACCAGUCUCAGCAUUAUGUGUCAAGAAAAUAGUUUUAGAGCACUGGGACCUGUUGUUUGAUAUGACGGCGAUGAAAAAGAGAAGUCCAAUGAUUCCCACGUUCUCAGAUUUCGCCGGAACGUUAAUGCGUCAGAAAAAUUCAACCUUUGCUGAAAUUCUAAUACAAUUAAUCGAAGAGGAUGGAAUCUUAUCUCUUCAUCAAAUUAUACAGGUGUUUUUAGAAUAUUUACCAUCAAGAGUAGGACGAGAUGGGCAUAAUGCAGCAAUGACAUUACAAGUAUUUCUCGAAAAAUAUCUUCACAACUACUUUAGUACAAAAUUGAUUAUAGAUUCGUCUGUUAUAAAUAAAAAUCAAAUACGCACGGAUUUCGCUUUGGUUGAAGCUUUUAAGCUACUAGUACGAUCAUACUUAGGAAAGUUAACACAAACAAAAGUGUACAAAAUAGAAAAUAAAGAAAACGUACAAGAAAAUUAUGAUAACUUCAUAUUUGUGAAGUUUAGACCUCACUAUCUAAACGGGAUGCCACCGUAUGCGAAAGAUUAUCAAAAAGUUUUGAAUGUGAGCGAUCUAAAAGAUUUAACUGAUAUCGAUAAGACUGACUCUGAAAAAACUAUACCAACGGAAUUGUUUAAAUUACAGUCUGUAUUAUCUUGUGAUUUUAUACCAAAUGAGUGCUUAUAUGAAGUUAAGCAAUUUCUUGAAACACAAGAGAUUGAUGGCAGUUUAUCUUUAAAAGCAUUGUGCAUUCAAAAUACUGAAGAAGCAACAACACUUUUAAUGGAUAAUUGUCCUCAAGUUAUUGUGCAGUAUGCAAAGGACAUGUAUACUAAAGAUUCUGAAUGGAAGUAUUUAAUCGAGUUAACGCAAAAUAAGAUUGCUGUAUCGAACUCUCGACAAGAAUUGCAGUGUUUAUACACGCAAAUUAUGAAAGCAAUUUUGAAUUAUCUACCACAUACGUUGUCCUUAAAAAGUUUACACCGUGUUCUUCCAAAAGAUGAUGUAAUAACAUUUCAAAAAUGCAGUGAAAUGUGUAAUCAAAUUAUGCACGCCGAACAUGUUAAAUCUUUAAUAAUAGAAACUGGACAACAACUUUUAUCGACUUUAAAAUUGUGAGCGCUAAUUUCUACU